GGGAAGGGGCGUGUGCCAGCGCACGCGCGCUCCGGGGAAGGAGCGGUCUCAGAGCCAGAAAGUGAGGCCCCAGUUUCUCGGAAGCAAGUACCAGGCACCAGCAGCCAGAAGCGAGCGGCUGGUGCCAGCCAGCGCCGAGCCGAGGAAGCGGGCGCGAUGGCUGCUCUCCUGCUGCUGCCCCUGCUGCUGCUGCCGCCGCUGCUGCUGCGCUUCUGGCCACAGUGGCGCUGGCUGGCGGCAGACUUGGCCUUCGCGGUGCGCGCCCUACGAUGCAAACGCGCGCUCCGAGCACGCGCCCUGGCCGCGGCCGCAGGCGACCCGCAGAGUCCCGAGGGAGGCUGCAGCCUGGCCUGGCGCCUCGCACAGCUGGCUCGCCAGCGGCCGGCGCACACCUUCCUCGUCCACGGCACGCGGCGCUUCAGCUAUGCGGAGGCCGAGCGCCAGAGCAACCAGGCGGCGCGCGCCUUCUUGCGCGCGCGGGGCUGGGCAGAGGGCCCCGGCGGCGGCGGCGGCGGCGGCGUUGUGGGGGGCGCCCGGGAAGGCGAGGGGGCGGCCGGAAGCCGUGAGGCGCGGGCUGCGAGGGAAGGGGAUGGCGCGGCACCUCUGGCACCUGGGGCCACCGUGGCGCUGCUCCUCCCAGCCUGCCCGGAGUUCUUGUGGCUCUGGUUCGGGCUGGCCAAGGCCGGCCUGCGCACGGCCUUUGUGCCCACCGCCCUGCGCCGGGGACCCCUGCUGCACUGCCUCCGCAGCUGCGGCGCGAGCGCACUGGUGCUGGCGCCAGAGUUCCUGGAGUCCCUGGAGCCUGACCUGCCGGCCCUGAGAGCCAUGGGGCUCCACCUGUGGGCUGCAGGCCCCGGAGCCCAUUCCGCUGGGAUUCGCGAUUUGCUGGCUGAGGCCUCCGCUGAAGGGGACGCACCUGUGCCGGGACACUUAUCUGCCCCCCAGAGCAUGAUGGACACGUGCCUGUACAUCUUCACCUCGGGUACUACCGGCCUCCCCAAGGCCGCUCGGAUCAGCCACCUGAAGGUCCUGCAGUGCCAGGGGUUCUACCAGCUGUGUGGUGCCCACCAGGAGGAUGUGAUCUACCUGGCCCUCCCGCUCUACCACAUGUCCGGCUCCCUGUUGGGCAUCGUGGGCUGCUUGGGCAUUGGGGCCACCGUGGUACUGAAGUCCAAGUUCUCAGCUGGUCAGUUCUGGGAGGACUGCCAGAAGCACGGGGUGACGGUGUUCCAGUACAUCGGGGAAUUAUGCCGAUAUCUUGUCAACCAGCCCCCGAACCAGGCAGAACGCGGACAUAAGGUCCGGCUGGCCGUGGGCAGUGGGCUGCGCCCAGACACCUGGGAGCGUUUUGUGCGGCGCUUCGGGCCCCUGCAGGUGCUGGAGACGUACGGACUGACGGAGGGCAACGUGGCCACUUUCAACUACACCGGGCGGCGGGGUGCUGUGGGCCGAGCUUCCUGGCUUUACAAGCAUGUCUUCCCCUUCUCUUUGAUUCGCUAUGAUGUCACCACAGGGGAGCCAUUUCGGGACACCCGGGGGCACUGUGUGGCCACAUCUGCAGGUGAGCCGGGGCUGCUGGUGGCCCCCGUGAGCCAGCAGUCUCCGUUCCUGGGCUACGCUGGGAAGCCGGAGCUGGCCCAGGGGAAGCUGCUCAAGGAUGUCUUCCGGCCGGGGGACGUUUUCUUCAACACCGGGGACCUGUUGGUCUGCGAUGGCCAAGGCUUUCUUCGCUUCCAUGAUCGCACCGGAGACACCUUCAGGUGGAAGGGGGAGAACGUGGCCACCACGGAGGUGGCGGAGGCCUUGGAGGCCCUGGAUUUUCUCCAGGAGGUGAACGUCUACGGAGUCACCGUGCCAGGGCACGAAGGCCGGGCUGGAAUGGCGGCCCUGGUUCUGCGUCCCCCCCACUCGCUGGACCUUGUGCAGCUCUACGCCCACGUGUCUGAGCACUUGCCGCCUUACGCCUGGCCCCGGUUCCUCAGGCUCCAGGAGUCUCUGGCCACCACGGAGACCUUCAAGCAGCAGAAGGUUCGGAUGGCCAAGGAGGGCUUCGACCCGAGCGCCCUGCCCGACCCGCUCUACGUUCUGGACCAGGCGGGGGGCGCCUACCUGCCCCUCACACCCGCCCGGCACAGAGCCCUCCUGGCGGGGGACCUGCGAAUCUGAGCGCCCUCCAGGCCCAGCUGGAGGGGCCGUGGGGAUCUUUUCUAUCCGGGUUUGUAAUCGUUAUUUUGUAAUAAACGCGCCCAGAGCCA